AUGGCCAAAGCACAGAAGGAUGUGCGGUUCUCACACCGUGGCUCCGGAAGUCGACCGCGUCGUCCCAGCCAAAGCGUGUCGGAAAUCAGCGAAGCAUCAGAACAUGGAAGUCCAUCCCCUCCGGUUCCCGAACAGUCCGAGUCGCAGAAGAAGCUACAGAGCUUUAAGACCCGGACGAUAUGGACGUUUGUCAUGAUAGCCAUCUUCUUCGGUUCCAUGUUCGCUGGACACAUCUAUGUCAUCAUCAUCGUCACCGCCAUCCAGAUCAUCUGUUUCCGCGAGGUCAUCGCCAUCGCCGAUGUUCCGAGCAAGGCUAUGAGCGUUCGCUUCACCAAGAACCUGCAGUGGUAUUUCUUGGGCAUUUCAAUGUACUAUCUAUACGGGGAGAGUGUCAUCUACUACUUCAAGCACAUAAUCCUCGUGGACAGGAUACUGUUGCCGUUUGCGACACACCAUCGCUUUAUCAGCUUCAUCCUCUAUGUCAUUGGCUUCGUAUUCUUCGUCGGUUCCCUUCAAAGAAGGCAUUAUCGCCUGCAGUUCAAGCAGUUCGCGUGGACUCACAUGGCACUGUACUUUCUUGUGCUGCAGGCCCAUUUCAUCAUCAACAACAUCUUCGAGGGCAUGAUUUGGUUUUUCCUCCCUGUGAGCCUGGUCAUUACGAACGACAUAUUUGCGUACAUCGUCGGUAUUACCAUCGGGCGCACCCAACUAAUCAAACUCUCCCCCAAGAAGACCGUCGAAGGUUUUGUGGGGGCGUGGAUCUUCACCAUCAUUUUCGGCUUCUUACUAACAAACAUCCUCAUGCGCUACAGCUACUUCACCUGCCCAGUCACGGAUCUUGGAGCCAACAUUUUCACCGGCCUUCAGUGCGAACCCAAUCCCGUGUUUGUUAAGAGAACAUAUGGCCUACCGAUCGACCCCCCUGCGUGGACCAAGCUUCCACAUGCCAUCACGGUCGAGCCGAUUCAAUUCCACAUCCUGAACUUUGCGACGUUCGCUUCUUUGAUCGCUCCGUUUGGCGGGUUUUUCGCUUCAGGGCUAAAGCGGACGUUCAAAAUCAAAGAUUUCGGCGACAGCAUCCCUGGGCACGGCGGAAUGACCGAUCGGAUGGACUGCCAAUUCAUCAUGGGGUUGUUCGCAUACAUGUACUACCAGAGCUUUAUCGCCAUAUACAAGGCUAGCGUGGGAAGCGUAAUCGAGACGGCAAUCACUGGACUGAGCUUGGCUGAGCAGAUGGAUGUUGUGAAAGGGCUUACCAAACACCUGGUGAAUCAAGGGGUCGUUGGACAAUCGAUCCUGGAUUACAUGACCGAACAGCUCAAAAGGCGAUGA